AUGGCUUGGAGUGCUCUCAUUCUUUGUUUCUUCCUUGGAGCUUGUUGUGUCUCCGCCAGACAAAUUAGAGUUAAUGCCGCUGCUGAUGCAAAUCAGACAACUGCAGAAUUUUUUGUAGAUGCCUCAAAAAGCCAACCAAUGCCUGAAACUUUAUUCGGAAUAUUUUUUGAGGAGAUCAAUCAUGCUGGCUCUGGUGGGUUGUGGGCAGAACUCGUGAGCAAUAGAGGUUUUGAAGCUGAAAACCAAGACACGUCCAUGAAUAUUACCCCAUGGGGUAUUAUCGGGGAUGAAUCAGCUCUUACAGUUUCAACUGAUGACUCAUCCUGCUUCGAGAAAAAUAAGAUUGCAUUGAAAAUGGAGGUGCUUUGUGAUAGUCAAGGCGAUAAUAUCUGCCCAGUUGGAGGAGUUGGCGUUUAUAACCCUGGAUUCUGGGGAAUGAACAUAGAACAAGGGAAGACAUACAAUAUAGUUUUUUACGUUCGUUCAUUGGGGUCGGUUAAUAUGUCAGUAUCAUUCACGAGCGCAGAUGGGUCGCAAACGUUGGCCACGACUAAUGUUGUAUUCACAAGUUGCAAAUUGGACAAAGAUGGAGACUUCUCUGGUAGCCCAAGCAACGGAUCCACAAGGAAGACUUCAACUGACAACUUCCCAAAAAGCGCUUUCAUUCUGAAUCUUUGUUUAUUUUUGUUACAGGGGCACGGGUUUAGAAAUGAUCUUGCUCAAAUGCUCGUAGAUAUGAAACCUCGAUUCAUGAGAUUUCCCGGAGGGUGUUUUGUUGAAGGUGCUGUUAUGAAAAAUGCGUUUAUGUGGAAAAAUACAAUUGGACAUUGGGAGGAGAGGCCUGGGCAUUAUGGUGAUGUAUGGAAUUAUUGGACGGAUGAUGGAAUGGGUUAUUUAGAAUUUCUUCAAUUAAGUGAAGACCUUGGUGCACAGCCAAUCUGGGUAUUUAAUAUGGGAAUCGCCCAUAAUGAGCAAAUCAACACUAACGAUGUCCAACCUUAUGUACAAGAUGCUCUUGAUGGCAUUGAGUUUGCAAGAGGUGAUAAAAACUCUACAUGGGGCUCUAAACGAGCUGCAUUGGGCCAUCCUGAACCUUUUGACUUGAGAUACGUUGCUAUUGGAAAUGAAGACUGCGGAAAACCCUUUUUCAGAGGAAACUACAUCAAGUUUUAUGACGCUAUAAAACUUGCUUAUCCGGAUAUUGGAAUCAUUUCAAACUGUGAUGGAUCUAAUCGUAUCCUACAACAUCCUGCUGACUUCUAUGACUUCCAUAUUUAUACUGACGCAAAUAACUUGUUCAAUAUGAUUCAUCAAUUCGACCGUACAUCUCGCGUUGGUCCCCGGGCUUUUGUUAGUGAGUAUGCUGUCACUGGAGACGAUGCCGGCAUGGGGAGCCUUCUUGCUUCACUUGCUGAAGCUGCAUUCCUUCUGGGCAUCGAAAAGAACAGUGACAUUGUUUCAAUGGCAAGCUAUGCGCCACUUUUCGUCAACACCAAUGACAUAACGUGGAAACCGGACGCCAUUGUCUUCAACUCACAUCAGGCCUAUGGAACUCCUAGUUACUGGAUGCAACAUUUUUUCAUAGACUCAGGCGGGGCUAAUUUUCUCACUUCAACCCUCAACACAACUUCCCCUUCACUGAUUGCAUCAGCAAUUACUUACUCAGCGGAUGGCAAAAAUUUCUUGAAGAUAAAGGUUGUGAAUUUCGGGGCUGACGAAGUGAAACUCAACAUAUCGGUGGCUGGAUUAGACGGGUCCAUAAACUCAUCCGGAUCAACAAAGACUAUACUCACAUCUGAUAAUUUGAUGGAUGAAAAUUCCUUUGACAACCCAAACAAGGUGGUGCCGCGCCGCAGUAUAAUUAAUGAUGCUGCCAUGAAUAUGGAAGUUGCAGUCCCUCCACAUUCGUUCACUUCAUAUGAUUUGUUGCGCUCUUGAAAGAUUCAACAGGC